AGCAUUAAACAUUGUUGGCUAAUAAACAGAUAUUUUUGUUAUCGAAUUACCUUCAGAAACAGUAGUGUAAUCGACCGUCGAAAAACAAAAUGCGACAUGUGAUAAGCGAUGAAAAUAGGCGUAUAUUUUUUACUCGGAACUAUCAUCUCAUCCAUAUUUAAAACAUCUUGCGACGAUAGCACUGCUACAGAUCAUUGUGCAACCACCACCGAUGAUAUUGCAUGGUGUUAUAAAAACGACCAACAUAAAACUCCUUUUAUUCCUGGCAAUAUUCCUUCAACCAUAAAGACAAUCGUAUUAUAUCACGAACAUUCCAACACACCUUGGCUAAUCCAAAGUUCAGAGACAUUCAAGAAAUUCAAAGAUUUAAACAAUUUAAUUAUUCGUAGUUCGAUGCAAUUUUCGCCAGUAUUUGAGACUCCGCAGCAAGAAAAACAAAUAACGAACGAACUGUUUAAUUUAUCAACGUUGACCAAUUUGACUGUUUCAAAUUGUAAAUUCGAAGGUGUACGUGAUGCGGUAUUUACAUUGCCUUCUACUCUAGAACGUCUCACUUGGAGAAAUUCUUCGGCAGCUGAAUUCAAAUUGAGCAAUUGUCCCAAACUUCAGCAUUUGACGAUCGAGUAUAGUGAUUUGAAAACCAUACCGAAGUUAUAUUUCGCUCCACCGCCGCCACUUCGUACGCUGGUGGUGAAAAAUAACCCUUCUCUCCGUUUAAAAGUCGACGACAUAGCGAAUCUGUGCAACUUGAGUCAAGUAUCCUUCGACGUGAUGGGAACGUAUCUGGGAAGUCCUGAAGGGUACUGCGAAUGCAUUAAGUUACAGAAUUGGAAACGGUGGUUGAAUGAUUUCAAUAGGAGUUCUAUUUUUGAUCCGAAAGAGUGGAGGUGUUCGUCAUCAGCUAGAGAGUGCCUAGAGAAAGAUUCGUUGGAAAACGCCAAAGAAAAUUAUGAAAAGCAAUGCUUAGGAAAAUAUGCGCAGUCAGAAAUAACUGAACAAUUAAAGAGGCUUAUAGGUUUAUGGGCAUACAUCAUACCUGCAGUAAUAAUCAUUCUAACGGUGAUUCUGGCUCUAGUGAUGACUGCAUUUGCGAGGAUGAAACCACUUCCGGAACUGGCAGAUGUCGAUGAUGAGGAAACUGAAGAAGUUGAAGAAGAGCUUCAACACGAACGUAUCGAACCUUAUGUUCUGAUUUAUUGAUACAAUAUAGAUACGAGUAAUUGGGCUAUUCUGGAGAAGAUACUAUCGGUGUGAAAAAAAUAUCUGUCAUUUCUUUCGUACGAUGUUUAUCAUUUUGUUGUUUUAAUUAUUAUUUUGUUUUUGCUGUUAGUCCCAUGUGGUUGAAAUAAUUAUGUAUCUGACGCCUGCAAAUGUUUUAGUCGUACCACUAUAAAUACCUAAGUAUUUUUUUUAUGUAUCUGCAUUGCAGCAUGUUUUAAUUGAUAUCAGUAAUAGUGAUCUAUCUGAUACUCAUUUUUAAAAAUAAAUUUUGUGAUUUGCAAUCAAAUCUAUG